ACAUAGAAAUUAAAUUUCAACCUGUACAACCUGAAUUACUGCCCUCGGAUCCUCCAUCUAAGUGUAAUAGCACAGUGUUAAGUCACCAGGCUGCUACUGCAGCCCAUGUGUCCAUUGGUACUCCUGAAGCCAAUCUGGAAGCUAAGAACCGUAUUAUGCCCAACGAGAAAGAGUGCAUUGUCCCAAAGGAGAGUGAUAAUUCUCGAAAUCCUCGAACUCUUGGUGGCACCUCUGCUGCAGAGGAUCAUAUAGCUGUGCAUCCUGAGCCCCCCUCCUCAAAAGUUCAGGCAUUAGAUGUGAAGUUAGAACCUGACAAAUCUGGAAAACCAGAAAAAGUUGGAGGUGGUAAAGCAACAUCAGUGUCACGAAAAAAGAGCUAUGAUGUGGACUUGUUUUUCAAAGUUAAUGGGAAGCUUUAUCAAAGGCUUGGCAAGAUAGGUAGUGGAGGUAGUAGUGAAGUUCACAAGGUCAUUUCAUCAGAUUGCACCAUUUAUGCCCUGAAAAAGAUUAAGCUUAAAGGUCGUGAAUAUGGUACUGCAUAUGGAUUUUGUCAGGAAAUUGAAUAUCUCAACAAAUUGAAGGGAAAGAAGAACAUCAUUCAGCUUGUUGACUAUGAGGUGACAGAUAAAGCAUUACUCAAAGAAGUUACUAGUGGUACAAUGAGUAACAAAGAUGGCAGAGUAAAGGAAGAUGGUUAUAUAUAUAUGGUUCUUGAAUAUGGUGAAAUUGAUUUGGCUCACAUGCUUUCCCAGAAGUGGAAAGAGCUGGACAGCUCUAGUUCAACCAUAGAUGAGAACUGGCUUCGAUUUUACUGGCAGCAAAUACUUUUGGCUGUCAACACUAUACAUGAGGAGGAGCGAAUUGUGCACUCAGACUUGAAGCCAGCUAAUUUUCUUCUCGUUAGUGGCUCUCUUAAAUUGAUUGAUUUUGGCAUAGCAAAAGCCAUUAUGAGUGACACAACCAACAUUCAACGGGAUUCGCAGGUUGGUACUCUUAGUUACAUGUCUCCAGAGGCCUUUAUGUGCAAUGAGACGGAUGCAAACGGGAACACCAUUAAAUGUGGUCGCCCAUCUGAUAUCUGGUCUCUUGGGUGUAUCCUUUACCAAAUGGUUUAUGGAAGAACACCUUUUUCUGAAUACAAAACAUUUUGGGCAAAGUUCAAAGUUAUAACAGAUCCAAACCAUGAAAUUGCAUAUGAACCAGUUCAAAAUCCUUGGCUUUUGGAUAUUAUGAAAAAAUGCCUUGCCUGGGACCGGAAUCAAAGAUGGAGAAUUCCUCAAUUGCUUCAACACCCUUUUCUAGUUCCCCCCGUCCCACCUCAAGUAUCAGCACCUAUGGACCAGAGCUGUAAAUUGCUUCAGCUAAUUGGUAAGUCGUGCCAAAAUGAUCCUAAAUCAUUCAUGCUGUUUUCUCAACUUCAACAAUUGCUAAAGGAUCCUAGAACAUCUGCAACAUCAGAGUCAUCAAUAUCGCAUGACGAAAUGCACAAGUUGCUCUCUGGCGUGUCAAACCUUUGUUUGCAGCUUCAGAGACAGUUGGCAAACUUUGAAGAGAUACAACUCUCUGAUAUUUGAGAUUUAAUAUCAUAAAUUUGGAGGCAAAUUUUGCAGAUAAUCAGUGAAAUCAACAUAGGCUGUAACGUUUUGUAACCUGCUUGUUAACUUAUGUUGUAGAAAGGAAGUGGCUGGUUCAUUCA